GCGGUUUGAGCUUUACACUUCCGAACAUUCGCUUAAUUUUUUAUUUUUACUUUACACACUCUCUAUGGCGAUCUCGUUUCUCUAAGGUUUUGUUUUGAGCUGGAAAUUGAGUAGAUCGGAGAGUGGUAAGUGGUUGACGUUUAUUUUACGGAUGAAUGAGGGAGAAACUGGAAGCAUGAAUGCAGCUCUAGAAUUGUAAUACAAAUUAAGGUUGUAAAAUGAGAAUGGAUAGGACACAGCAUUUGACAAAGAAGCCUGCUGAUGUUAAAUGUCAAAGGGUAGAUGACUCCAUAGUCCCUGGCUUGGAAGAUGAAGCAACCGAGGUUGAGCAUUUACUUGUGGAACCUCAAAGUGAGCAUAUUUCAGUAGAUGGAGUCUUAUGUUUUGGGAAGGAGAGUAUAGAGAAGCAUUUGAAAAUGGAGGACUUCUCUUGUGCUUUUGAUUAUGGAUGGAAAAUUGGUUGUGGUGGGUUAGAUUCUAUCUAUGGUCAAGGAGGAGAUGAUUUGAAGCUUGAAGUUCUUGACGGGUUGCUGGAUGAAGUUGAUGAAAUGGAUGAUAUACAUGCAGCACAUGAUCUCUCCAGUGCAUGUGAAGAUUUUCUUUUGGAUAUUGAAUUCCCAGAAAAGUUUUCCGAGUUGGGUCAUGUUUCUCAUGAAGUAUCAAAUUUGCGUAACUCAAGUUCAGAAAGUCAUUCACCCGGAUUUAGUGGUAGUAACAGUGUUGGUGGCAUAUCAGAAUCAUUAUUUGUAACUGUUCAAGAAUCCAACUACAAGAACAGUGUGCUUGGGAAGAUGGUCAAUUGUGAUUUACGUCAUACCUUUGGGACCAAAUGCAGUUGUCCUGAUCCAGUUAUGGAAACUGGUCGACAUAGUAAAGAACAUGAUCAAGAUUUUGUCGAGUCUGAUGAUGAAAAACCUUUAGUGAGUUUUAUACUGUCUAACAAGAAGGUAAAAAGCUUUGUUGAAGUACCAAAAGGCGGCACUCAUCUCAGACAGAAGAGACUACGGAAGCCUACAAGAAGAUAUAUUGAAGAGUUCUCUAGACAUUCUACUACUGGAAAGAAGUGCCUUAAAAUCGAACCACAAAAAGAAUUUCCUCAAGUUCCAGAGUCUCAGCCACGGAGAGGACGUCCCAGGAAAAUCAUGCCAAAACUGGAGUUUGAAUCUGAUUGUGAGCUUUCAGCUUCUGAACCUGAAGACAAACGUAAGAGGACCAAAAGAUCCAAAACGGCUUUUGAUAGGAGGAAGCAUCAAAGGAUGUGGACCCUUGCUGAGGUGAUUAAGUUGGUUGACGGAAUUGCUCAGUAUGGUGUUGGAAGAUGGACUGAUAUUAAAAAGCUUCUAUUUGCAUCAUCUUCUCAUCGAACACCUGUUGAUCUGAGGGACAAAUGGCGAAACCUUCUAAGAUCUAGUUCUGCACAUGAACAAAACAUGCGAGAGUUACAGGAUGAGACUAAUACGAAGCAUAAUGUUCGCGUGCUACCAAAGACAGUGGUAUGUCGUAUCCGUGAAUUGGAAACCAUUCAUCCAUAUCCAAAGGUUCGUAACUCGAGCCUUUCAUCUGUUGAUUCCGACCCUUCAUCCAAACAACUGACAGCUGAAGGAGCUGCGGUUAGCUCUCACAGAAGAAAUUUACGACGGAAGAAUUGUAAUUGACGUGCAGUGAAGCAAAGCUAUAAUUCAAGUUUAGUUGUAAAGAAGCCGUCCCUUUAACACCCAUCUUAAUCUGCACAUAUAAAUGUUGUCAGACCAUUAGGAAUUAUGUGGUAAAUGCUGCAACAAGUGCAAAACACUAAUCUUACAGUCUCAAUAGCCAGUGAUAGGCCUAAACUGAUAUUUUGAGCAGCAUGUUUUGUGCACAGGCGUCAGUUUUAGCAUUGAAACUCGAAAACUGAGGUCAU